AUGCUUGUGCCUCCAGACAAUCUUGGCUUGAUAGAGCCAGGUGUAUACCGAUGCCUGAAGCUUGAGGCAGACCACACACCAUUCUUGGCCACGCUACAACUCAAUUCGAUUGUUCUUCUUGACGCAGCAAAGCCGCCGAGGAAUUUGAAGGCCUUCUUGGAGGAGAAUGGCGUUAAAUUGUUUAAGCUAGGGGGCCUCAAGAUCACAAGUCACAGUGCUUAUGGCAAGGACAGCGAUAAGGCCGAGAAGUCAACCGAUUCUCAACUGUCGGUCGGGAAGGGUGAGAUCGAGGUGAUACCCUUAGACAGCAGCAGUGGAACCAGCAACGAGAACAAUCUGUGGAUGCUCAUUGAGCCUGGAUUAAUAGAGGGUGCCUUCGAGAUAAUCUUAAACAAAAACAGACACAACGUGUUAGUGGUGGAUCUGUCGCUGACGUUAGUUGGUAUCCUCCGACGUAUUCAGAAAUGGAACUUCAAUUCCAUCGUCAAUGAAUACCGUAUCUACACGGGAAACUCAAGUAAAAAUAACUACAACGCUGAGAAUUUUUUAGAGCUAAUAGAAGUGGAGUUGGUUCCGUUCGAAGUCGAUCAGUGGUUGCGAAACAAACGGGACAAAAACCUGGAGGUCUCGGAGUCGAAAGGGUCUAUCGCGUCCAUCGGCAGUAAUCGCCGCGUCAGAAAUUCCGUGGAUGAAGGCGAUGCAACAAAUGACGAUGGUGACGUAUCGGCCGAUGAUUACGAAGACGACAUGGACGACGAUCUUCUUCUGGCAUCGCCUCAAAUCCCUGCUAAUUUGCUCAAACUAGUGGAACAGCGGAAAAACGAAGAGCUGGAAUCCGUUGCAGCGUCUCCAGGAACACCGCCCGAGCACAGAAUUUCUAAUCUCCUGCUCGAAAAGCCGUUGCCUGGAAGUAGUGGAAGCAGGAAUAACAGUUUUAGCGGAGACAAUAUCAACCUAGCUGCACACCGCCGAAAACUGUCUAUCGACACCAGAAUCACCCGGCCAGGCAACUUGAGGUUUCGCAAACCCAGUUUUGAAGCUAAAUCACCAGGACGCAGGUCGUCCUUUGAAAGCAGUCUUCGCCAUUACAGACUUGAGCGGGAGAGAUCCGGUGGCCCUGAGGACUUAGCCAAAACUAAGGAACUUUACGGAUUCCAAUACUACAAACCACGGGUUGUUGCAAAGUCAUCAUUUGUUGAGCCUAUCAAACUUCAUCUCCCACCUGAGCAUAAGCUUCCCGAAUGGUUUACUAGGGGAAGAGAUUUUUGGGAGAAUCAGUACAGAGAAUUAAAUUCGUGA